CGGUUUAAGGUCAGACAAGUGUCGUAUGCGUGACUGUAUGGGUGCGAGACUGUCGUUCUUGAAGGUUAAUUAGGUCAACUUAUUAGGAUAAAUAAGUGCAAUAGUUUCUCUUUUUAAGGUGUUUAUUGUUUUGUACCGUCCACACACCAGCCUCAUCUUCUAGGAUUUGACCCCAUCUUCAAUCAUAUAGUACACUUCAUUCUCUAAUUACUCGACUAGAUUGUAAGAAACUUACAUGACCAUGCCAUUUCAGUGGUUUUGCUGCCAUCAUAGCCGCAGUAUUGACAAUGAAGCUGCACCACCAUCAUCGUAUUCCUUAAAUCCCAAUCGCAAGACUAAGCGCUCAAGGUUUCGAUCUGGUCGAUCAUACUCUCAAGGUCACGGUCUACGUUCGUUAGUUGCGUUAUGUGGAAUCAGGCAGCACAAAUAUGAUGCUGCUGUCAAUUGUGUGGCUGAGAAUCAAAGCAAUACAUUGAUUCAAAACAAAAAUCGUCGCCGCUUUACGAUCCAUGGUCUCUCCUACUAUCACAACCACAUCGAAGAAGCAGGAUGGAGCUUUGACUCAACACCAGCAGGAUCCCCGCUAACCAUGUAUACUUCAAAUUCCCCAAGCCAUGCAUCUUCCAGACGCUUUAGUUUCAGCUCGAUUCGAAAGUCGCUCGACCGUAGCCCACGAACGUUACAGAUGGUUCCAGAUUCCCUAGACUCAAAUCCAUCGAUCUUUUUUAUCGACUGCCCGCCGUAACGUUCUCCGCAAUAGUCCGCUUGAUGCAUCGUAGCGUGUAGAAUGGUGCAGCGUCAAGAGGCGUAAUGGAUGUGCGGAGGUGAGGUGUAAUGGAUAUGCGUAGGACUAAAAAGACUGUACAGAAAAAUAAUAUUGAUAUGAAUAUAGAGCGUAGAUUACCAAAACC